UUGUCACCGCUCGCCCAUUUUCGCAACAGCCCCCCUCCCCUCUCCAAAUGAAGAAAUAGCAGGUUUGGGAAGAGUGGUAGUAAUAUCUCCAUCUAUUUCCCCCUUUAAAUGAAGAAAUGUAUGUUUAACGGAGUGUUCUUGAAAUGGUAUUUUCAGAUCUGCAGCUGCACCUAUCUUUCUAUCCUAGUUUUCGGGAUGUUUUUCCCUUUACCAUUUUUUCCUCUUCAUGUUGCAUUUCCAUAUGGAUCUUCUUCAUACUUGCACUAGAUUGAAUCACAUUUAUAUGGUUGUCCAAGAAUUGUAAUUAAGGAUUAAAAAAAAAGCAAGAAACAUUGUCGGUCAUGUCUUAUGUUAAAAAGGCUACUCUGAUUUCCACCAAAGCACUGAAAUGGUAUUUUUCAUUUUUGUAAAGAUCUGAUUUUGAAUAAUUUUCUUUGCUAAAUAUUGGAUAUUUGGAAUUCAAAGGCAGACAUCUGUGCAAUAUAGGCCACGAUAAAGGACUUUAGAAAUGGUGAUGAGGGAGGAAGGAGUUGGUGUUGUGUGGAAGAAUGACAGAAGAGGUGCGAUCUGUCAAACUUGCAUUAUUCAAUUUUUACCGGAGGCAAAUGAAGUGAAAUUUGCAAGACAAUCAAUUCCCGUAGGAGCAUCUUUUAAGUUGGAUUUUUUCAAGGAUUUCGGUUUCACCGAGAAGCUCAAGAUGGCUGACUGUGUCAAGCCAGAAGGUGAACUCUUUGUAGCUGCCUAUCCAUAUUAUAAUGUUAAUAGUAACAUAAAACUCUUCCACAUUAGUGUAUAUCAAGUGGUCGAUUUCAUUGAAAUUUUAUGAUGACAGCAUUUAUUUCUGCAAUAUAGAGAUGCUUGUCGUGGAAGAGCUAUACAGAGCAGCAGUGUCGAACAAAUAUAGUAAACUGAUUUUAUUCAACCGAGAGCUUGAUCAAAUAAGUUCUGGUUAUAUCUAAUAUUCGUUACAGUGAUCAAUUGAACAUAUGGCAGAAGCUUUCCUUCAAAUUCUGAUAGACAAUCUGAGUUCUUUCAUCCGAGAGGAACUUGGAUUGUUUUUUGGUUUUAAGGAGGAGUUUAAAAAGCUUUCAAGCAGGUUUACUAAAAUUCAAGCUGUGCUAGAAGAUGCCCAGGAGAAGCAAUUGAAGGACAAAUCAAUAAAGGACUGGUUACAGAAACUCAAUAUUGCUGCAUAUGAAGUUGAUGACAUCUUGGACGAAUGCAAAACUAAGGCCACACGAUUAAAGCAGUCUGAAUGUGGGAGUUAUCAUCCAAAGGUUAUCCGUUUCCGGCACAAGAUCGGGAAAAGGAUGAAAGAAGUGAUGAAAAGACUAGAUGCAAUUGCUCAGGAAAGAAGAGACUUUGAUUUGAACGAAAUGGAUACAGAGAGACAAGCUACUAGACGGGAAACAGGUUUUGUUGUAACUGAACCACAAGUUUAUGGAAGGGACAAUGAGAAGGACGAGAUAGUGAAAAUUCUGAUAAACAAUGUUAAUGUUGCCCAAGAACUUCCAGUGCUCCCAAUACAUGGUAUGGGGGGACUUGGAAAAACAACACUUGCCCAAAUGGUCUAUAAUGAUCCGAGAGUGACUGAUCAUUUCUAUCCCAAAAUAUGGGUUUGUGUCUCAGAUGAUUUUGAUGAGAAGAGAUUGAUAAGGGCAAUUGUAAAAUCAAUUGAUGAAAAAAGUUCUCAUGAUGUCAACAACUUAGCUCCCCUUCAAAAAAAACUUCAGGAGUUGUUGAAUGGAAAAAGAUACUUUCUUGUUCUGGAUGAUGUUUGGAAUGAAGAUCAAGAGAAGUGGGCUAAUCUAAGAGCAGUAUUGAAGGUUGGAGCAAGUGGUGCUUCAAUUCUAGUCACUACUCAUCCUGAAAAGGUUGGAUCAAUUAUGGGAACUUUGCCACCAUGUCAGUUAACCAAUUUGUCUCAAGAAGAUUGUAGGAUGUUGUUCACGCAACGUGCAUUUGGGCACCAAGAAGAAAUAAAUCCUAAGCUUGUGCCUAUUGGAGAGGAGAUUGUGGAGAAAUGUAGGGGUGUGCCUUUAGCAGCGAAGAUUCUUGGAGGUCUUUUACGCUUCAAGAGAGAAGAACGUGAAUGGGAACAUAUUAGAGAUAAUGAGAUAUGGAAUUUACCACAAGAUGAAAAUUCUAUUUUGCCUGCCCUAAGACUGAGUUACCAUCACCUUCCACUUGAUUUGAGACAAUGCUUUGCGUAUUGUGCGGUAUUCCAAAAAGACACUAGGAUUGCAAAGGAAAAGCUAAUCUCUCUCUGGAUGGCACACGGUUUUCUUUUAUCAAAAGGAAACUUGGAGCUAGAGGAUGUAGGUAAUGAAGUAUGGAAAGAAUUAUACUUUAGGUCUUUCUUUCAAGAGGUUGAAGAAGAUAAAUCUAAUGGUAAAACUUUUUUCAAGAUGCAUGAUCUCGUCCAUGAUUUGGCUACAUCUCUGUUUUCAGCAAGCACAUCAAGCAGCAAUAUCCGUGAAACAAAUUUAAAAAAUUGUUAUAAUGAUAUGAUGUCCAUUGGUUUCGCUGAAUUGGUGUCUUCUUACUCUCCUUCGCUCUUGAAGAAGUUUGUCUCGUUAAGGGUGCUUAAUCUUAGUGGAUCAGGUAUUAAGCAGUUACCGUCUUCCAUUGGAGAUCUAGUACAUUUGAGAUACCUGGACCUGUCUCAUAAUAUGGAUAUUUGUUGUCUUCCAAAAAGGUUAUGCAAGCUUCAAAAUCUGCAGACUCUUUCUCUAAAUUAUUGCCGCAAACUUUCUUGUUUGCCGAAACAAACAAGUAAACUUUGUAGUCUCCGAAAUCUUUUCCUUUAUGGUUGCGAUGAAUUGACUUGUAUGCCACCAAGGAUAGGAUCUUUGACAUGCCUUAAGACUCUAGAUCGCUUUGUUGUGGGAAAGAAGAAAGGUUAUCAACUUGGUGAACUACAAAACUUAGACCUCUGUGGCUCAAUUUCAAUCACAAACCUUGAUAGAGUGAAGAACUUUAAAGAGGCAGAAGAAGCCAAUUUAUCUGCAAAAGUAAAUCUGCAUUCUUUAAGCAUGGAAUGGGAUAAAGAUGGACCACAUAUAUAUGAAUCAGAAGAAGUUAAAGUGCUUGAAGCCCUCAGACCACACCCCAAUCUGAAAUCUUUAGUAGUCAUUGGUUUCAGAGGUUUCCAUCUCCCAGACUGGAUGAAUCACUCAGGUUUGGAAAGGGUCAUCUCUAUUCAAAUUAGCGACUGCAAAAACUGCUCGCGCUUACCACACUUUGGGGAGCUGCCUUGUCUAGAAAAUCUAAAUUUACAUUUCGGGUCUGCGGAGGUGGAGUAUGUUGAAGAGGAUGAUGUUCAUUCUGGACUCCCCCCAAGAACAAGGUUUCCAUCCCUGAGGAAACUUGGUAUAUGGGCCUUUCCUAAUCUGAAAGGAUUGCUGAAAAAGGAAGGAGAAGAGCAAUUCCCCAUGCUUGAAGAGAUGACGAUUUGGUAUUGCCCUAUGUUUGUUUUUCCAGCCCUUUCUUCUGUCAAGAAAUUGAAAAUUUGGGGGGAGUUAGAUGCAACAGGUUUGAGCUCCAUAUCUAAUCUUAACACUCUUACUUCCCUUCAAAUUCAAAUUAACGACACACUGACUUCACUCCCAGAAGAGAUGUUCAAAAGCCUUGCAAAUCUCAAAUACUUGAGCAUCUCUUUAUACGAGAAUCUCAAAGAGCUGCCUACCAGCCUGGCUAGUCUCAGUGCUUUGAAGUGUCUGGAAAUUGAUUAUUGUAACGCACUAGAGAGUCUCCCCGAGGAAGGGCUGCAAGGUUUAAUUUCACUCACAGAGUUAUCUCUUGACAACUGUGAGAUGCUAAAAUCUUUACCCGAGGGAUUGGAGCACCUAACUGCCCUCACAAGUUUAACAGUUGUUGACUGUCCAGAACUGAAAAGGCGUUGUGAGAGGGGAAUAGGAGAAGACUGGCACAAAAUUGCUCACAUUCCUAAUGUAAUUUUUUCUAGGGUUCUUUGUUUGUGAGUCUGCCGCACUGGUCCCUGCCAUUGGAUGCAAUUUUAUGAUUUUCUUUUAGAAACAAAUGAAUGAUUUCUAAAGAUCUAUUUAUAUUAUGUACUUGUUAAAUGUAAAAUCCAUUCACUCAAGUUGCUGCUGUUUCAAUCAUUCUCCAA